GCCGCGCCGUAGUGGAAGGAGACGUGUCCCGUUCACUGAUGGAGGCUGAACACACACUGAGUAUGGGAGACCAGAUAGACGAGGAAACGGCUGUAUCAAUGUUAGAGCCGUACAUUGAAACUCUUCGACAGCAACUGGAACAACAAGAUCCCAUUUUCCUCAUAUCAAUUAUUGUCGCUUUGGCGGUUGUUAUUGUCACGUGCGUUUUUCUUAAAUAUUUUCUCACAAGUAAAACUGUUCGGAGUUCAGUUUUGUUGGUUGGACUGUGUGACUCAGGGAAGACCCUCCUCUUCAGCCGGCUACUGUCAGCAAAGUUUAAAAGAACCCAGACCUCCAUCACUGACAGCAGUGCUCCAUAUAAAACCAAAAAUGACAAGAGCAGCACCUGGACUCUCAUAGAUCUUCCAGGACAUGACAGUCUUCGUUCACAGUAUCUGGAAAAGUUCAAGUCCGCAGCCAGAGCUAUUGUAUUUGUAGUCGACAGUGCCAUUUUCCAGAAAGAAGUCCGUGAUGUGGCUGAGUUUCUGUACGUGCUUUUGACAGACAAUGUAAUCUACAGAAAUGCUCCAGCUAUUUUGGUAGCAUGCAACAAACAAGAUAUCACAAUGGCAAAAUCCGCUAAAUUGAUUCAACAACAACUAGAAAAGGAACUGAACACAUUGCGAGUAACUCGAUCUGCAGCUCUGAGCUCUCAGGAUGGCUCUAUUGGUGGCAGUGUGUACCUGGGAAAGAAGGGGAAGGACUUUGAUUUCAGCCAGCUGCCCAUGAAGGUGGAGUUUGUGGAGUGUAGCGCCCGUGGUAACAAAGGUGAAGAGGGAGAAGCAGACAUUGAAAAUCUAGAGAAAAGUCUGGCAAAGCUGUAGAAUCCAUGAAGAUAAUCUAAGAAAUGUAAGAUAAUACCAACCAAUUACACAAUCAUUUCAACAUCCACUGUCACCUUAUUUAAAAACACAGGAAAAAAAAGUUUGUUUGAUGUGUGAAACAUUUUUUCUAUGGAUUUUUGGUAGUACUGUGAAUAGAAAGUUUAUUACAGCCAAGCAGUUUGUGGGUUAAAUAAAAUGCUUGGCGCAACUUAUUUUUGUAAACCACAACCAUUUAUAUCCACUUUUAAAAUCAAGAACAUGAAAGACUCAAGACUUUAAGAUUUACCAACU